GGAUCGGCGUUGGGCCGGAGGCGGGCCAUGGGUCGGGCCCCGCGCUGCCCGUGGCCGCUGCUGCUCAUCUGCGCGGCGGCCGCCGCCGGGACAGGGGCCGCCCAGGAGGUGCAGACGGAGAACGUGACGGUAGCGGAGGGCGGCGUGGCCGAGAUCACCUGCCGGCUGCACCAGUACGACGGCUCCAUCGUGGUCAUCCAGAACCCGGUCCGACAGACCCUCUUCUUUAACGGCACCCGGGCCCUGAAGGACGAGCGGUUCCAGCUGGAAGAGUUCUCCCCUCGCCGCGUGAGGAUCCGGCUCUCGGAUGCCCGGCUGGAGGACGAGGGCGGCUACUUUUGCCAGCUGUACACCGAGGAUACCCACCACCAGAUUGCCACGCUCACCGUGUUGGUGGCUCCAGAGAACCCGGUGGUGGAAGUGAAGGAGCAGGCCGUGGAGGGCGGCGAGAUGGAGUUGAGCUGCGUGGUGCCCCGGUCCCGCCCGCCCGCCUCACUGCGCUGGUACCGGGACCGCAAGGAGCUGCGAGGCGAGGGUCGGCGCCAGGAGAACGGGAAGGUGUGGAGCGUGGCCAGUACCGUCCGAUUCCCGGUGGAGCGGAAGGACGACGGCGGCAUCGUGACCUGCGAGGCCCAGAACGCGGCCCUGCCCCGCGGCCACAGCAAGCAGACUCAGUAUGUGCUGGACGUGCAGUACUCCCCCACGGCCCGGAUUCACGCGUCCCAGGCCGUCGUGAGGGAGGGAGACACCCUGGUGCUGACGUGCGCGGUGACCGGAAAUCCCCGGCCAACGAAGAUACGGUGGAGCCGGGGGAACGAGAGUCUGCCGGAUCGGGCGGAGCAGGCGGACGAGACGCUGACCCUGCCCGGGCUCACCCCGCUGGACAACGGCACCUACGCCUGUGAGGCGGAGAACAAGCACGGCCGGGCCAGGGCACUCUACGUGUUGGUGGUUUACGACCCGGGGGCCGUGGUGGAGGCGCAGACCUCGGUGCCCUACGCCAUCGUGGGCGGGAUCCUGGCCCUGCUCGUCUUCCUCAUCAUCUGCGUCCUGGUGGGCAUGGUCUGGUGCUCCGUGAGGCAGAAGGGCUCCUAUCUGACCCACGAGGCCAGCGGGCUGGAUGAGCAGGGGGAGGCCCGGGAAGCCUUCCUCAACGGGGGCGACGGGCACAAGCGGAAGGAGGAGUUCUUCAUCUGACCCCCCGCCCCGGGCACAGCCCCCCACCCACUGGCCGCGGCCCCCAACCUGGUCCCACGCCCCCCCCGCAAGGCACGGACUCCCUGAAGAGCCACGGGGCUACCAGCAAAGACUUUGACUAGGCCCCCAUGGGCCACACUCGCCCCCACCGCCCCACCCUGAUUUCUAGGAGAGGGCAGGAUGUCUGGGGCCUGGGAGGGGAAUUGAA